UGGAACUCAAAGAGACAAAGAAACAGUUAAAAAAGCUAGUCAUGAGACCUCUGACUGGAAAAGCCAGAGAGAUAAAAAAAUUCAGCUCAACCAGAAACUCCCUCCUAUGACUCAAAGGCAAAGAUGCAACUACAAGCAAACUCAAAUAAAAUUCAAACAAACGGCUCAACCCUCGAAUCUGGCAUCAACAGGUCAAUCCAGAACCUAAAAAUGCGGUCAAGUUUCACCUCUGGCUUCUGGAGCACCAAGCAUUCGAAGUAAUUUCCAAGAAAAGUCUCGAAAUGUCCUCCAAGCGCACAGAAGUUUCAAUGAGAAGCUUAAGAUGAUGACUCAGAAAGAUUUUAAAGCCUCCAUGAAGACCCCCACCAGCAAUACCCAAAAAGUUCAGGCUAAAGUAACGAAGAGAGUGGAGAAGGAAGGCAAGACUGAGAGCGAAGGAAGAGAGAGAGGGCCUGGAGGGAGGAAGAGGUCAGAGGAGGAGAGGAAAGGUGUGGAGAGUGUUAGUAGGUCGUUUUGAGAGGAGAAAGAGGAGGGAAAUGGGCAGGAAAGUGGAAGGUCAAUGGAGUGAGCACCUUUGUUGCUUGGGGAUACUAUUAGUGCUCAUAAUAAGGAUAAGAGGCUAUCGGUUAAGGGCCAGAAAUUUAAAUUCGGAGAGAAAAAGGCAUCUGUUAAGAAGAAAAUUAAAGUUUUUAAGCCUAAAAAGCCACUUUUCUCCACCAUUAAACUUACAAACGGGGUGAAAUAUAUAUGAAGAUUGAACAAUCAUUUAACUAAUGAAGAAAUUGUAAAUCAUUUGAGCUUCAGUGAAAAUUUGCGCAUAAAGCCAAACUCAUUUGUAAUGAGAAAGGCUCUUAAGAACCCACCUAUUUCGUCCAAAGAUGUAUGCAACAAAGUUGUCUACGAUUACGUUAGAAGAAAAGAUUAUAAAAAGAGUAAAAAGCCUAAGAAAGUAUCUAAAGGAGUUCACCAAUCCGAGCUGCAAAUGCUGAACGUUCUCUUGCCCAAGGAUAAACAAAAAAAAGCCCGUAAGACCAAUGACAUUAACGACAGGAAUAAAGAAAAUCCGACUAUCUCCCGUAAGGAACUAGGAGAGAGUAACUAUGAAGACUGGUUUGAGUGUAAAUAAGCAUGACCUUACUUCAACAAUUCCUAUAAAUUACGACCACAACGUCAAGAAUACCGCUAUCAGGCUAUUAUUAAAGCAACUAGGAAGCAUUAUCGAUGCCCUGGAUGUAGAAUAUGAAAACCUGUACACAGAGGUAGAUUAUCUUGAAGAACUCAAUAAUAUCGUUCAUAGCUAUACUACCAGUAUGGAACAAGCCAUAGAAAGUAGUAAAUAAAACCAAUUUUCAAACGACCAUUUUCAACGGGAAGGAAUUUGCCAAAUAAGGGCAUUACAAAAUCAGUAACUGCCAAGGAUGAGUAUAAAGACAAGCUGAAUAUCCAACUGAAGGUAAUUAUAGAGAAGAAGUAUCUCAUCUCUACUCAUAUUGAGAAAGCAAUGAUCCUCUUCGACAUUGUCAAGAAAAAGAAAAUCCUUGCAGAGUCAGACACAGAUAUCAAAAUCUCCAAGAAUAUUUAUGGUAUCACUAAAUCAGUUGUCAAGCAGAUGGCUGAAGAGUUUCAAUUUGUAGAAAGAGAGAUGAAUAAGAUAGUUGAUGAAAUUCUUGAAUCAAAUAUGCCUUCAAAACCCUAACCCAUUGCUUGGUUGGCAUGAGGUUCAAAAUGAUCAUCACGAGCAUGAGAAAGUAAAUACUUCAACUAAAAAGAGGAAAAUCCGGAGGAUAUUCGAUGUUUCCAGAAAUUUAACACAGAAAUUAGAUGUGAUGAAGAGUAGAAAUAAAUCAGCUUUGAAAUCAAUGAGUAAUUCUCCUUUGAAGUCUAAAUCGAAUCUUUCAACAAGGUUUUCUACGUUUACAGAUAAAAAGGUGCUCUUGCAGCUUUCCAAAAUAUCAAUAGAUUCACAGAAUAAAAUUAUCAAUGACCAGGUGAUCCAGAGAGCGAUACAAGAGACAGACUGAGAUCUUAAAUUCACAGCCAAAAGUAACAGAUUUAUGGAAGAAAAGGAGAAGAUUCUGAAUUCCAACACCAUAAUUCUUCAUUAUGUGGCGAAAUCUCUCUCCUUGUUGGGGAGAAAAAUCAGACAGUCGAUUCAAAACCAGAAGAAAAAGGUGAAUUUCUUUGAUGAAUCAGUGCCUAUGCCCGUCUCAAUGAGGCCCCAUAUUAUUAUCGAGAAUUAUGAACUCUCUAAGAGGGAUAGAUCACCCAUGAGAUAAUCAAUUUCAAUCAUAAUUA